CGCCGGACGCAUAGACCUGAGCCGCUAGGGUUUCUCGCUGCCGCUCCGAUCAAGCGCCCCUAGGAGGAUUCGGUUGCGGGUGAGGGGAGGAGAGCGAAGAUGUUGCGGCGGAUCGUGCGGGAGCGGCGGGAGUACAUCUACCGCAAGAGCCUGGACGGGGCCGAGCGGGCGCACUACGAGAAGAAGCGGCGCGUCCGGGAGGCGCUGGAGGAAGGGAAGCCCAUCCCCACCGAGCUCCGCAACGAGGAGCACCAGCUGCGCCGCGAGAUCGACCUCGAGGACCAGCAGACCUCAGUUCCGAGGAGCAUCGAUGAUGAGUACGCUAAUUCCACCGUACGUGAGCCCAAGAUACUCCUGACCACGUCUCGCAAUCCCAGCGCGCCCCUGACUCAGUUUGUCAAGGAGCUGAAGGUUGUGUUUCCCAACUCGCAAAGAAUGAACCGUGGUGGCCAGGUCAUAUCGGAAAUUGUGGAAUCCUGCCGUUCACAUGAGAUCACUGAUCUUAUUUUGGUCCAUGAACAUCGUGGUCAGCCUGAUGGUUUAAUUGUCUGCCAUCUUCCACUUGGUCCCACUGCAUACUUUGGGUUACUCAAUGUGGUGACACGGCACGAUAUUAAGGACAGGAAAGCGAUAGGCAAAAUGUCAGAAGCUUACCCCCAUUUAAUAAUGGACAACUUCUCAACCCAGGUUGGUGAAAGGACUGCCAACAUUAUCAAGCAUCUCUUUCCGGUACCAAAGCCAGAUUCUAAGCGGAUAAUUACUUUUGCUAAUAGAGAAGAUUACAUCUCUUUCAGGCAUCAUGUCUACGAGAAACAUGGCGGCCCCAAAUCGAUUGACCUGAAGGAGGUUGGCCCACGCUUUGAGUUGCGGCUGUACCGGAUCAAACAAGGAACCGUGGAGCAAACUGAAGCGCAGAGCGAGUUUGUACUACGGCCGUACAUCAACACCGCUAAGAAGCAGAAGACUCUUGGUGCUUAGAGUUUGGUUGGCCGGCAGUGCAGUACAGAAAUUUUGUUCACCAGCUUUGUCUGUAACGAUAGCACAGGUUAAUCAGCUAGAUGUUGUCGAUGCAUCCUGAACUGCGUUGAAUUUUUAUUGGAGCUGUUGAAGAUCCUUGUUUUGAGCUGCGAAAUUAACAUUCCUCGCGACUCAUUUCAAUGCUGGUUUUGAUAUGAAGGCAGCAGGGCCCACAUGUCAGCAUAGAAAAA